CUCGGCUGCUGAAUGAAAUCAGUCAUAGAUUUCUAGUAACAACCAAGAGGUUUAUUUCUCGAAUUAAAUUGUUACAUUACGGGACGAUAUUAUGGAGGCAUGUCUGAGUGCAAGCUGUGCUGCUGCAACGACAGGCGCUUCCACGUCUGUCUUCCUGCAACUAAUACAAAUGCUUCUAACCGCACAGUGCGGUUUGAGCAACAAGAGGAACUAUCCACCGGAUCGCUCGGAAGAAAUCGUGAAAAACAACAUCGAGUUCGACUUUGUCAUCGUAGGCGCCGGAAGUGCCGGAUCCGUAAUAGCCAAUCGUUUAACCGAGGUGGAAAACUGGAAGGUGUUACUGAUCGAGGCCGGAGACGAUCCUUCGCCUACCAGUGAUAUUCCCCUAAUGUUUCCGAAAUUGAUGUCGUCGCCGGAGGAUUAUUCCUACGAUACAGAACCCGAAAAACUCGCUUGCCACAGUAGCAAAAGCAAGAUGUGCAAAUGGCCCAAAGGCAAGGCUUUGGGCGGUAGCUCUACGAUAAACGCUAUGAUCUACCUUCUCGGCAACGAGGAAGACUACAACGAAUGGUCCCGGAUGGGUAACAAAGGCUGGAGCUACGAGGAGGUUCUGCCAUAUUUCAAAAAAUCGCAACACUACGGUCAUAGCGACAACCACGAGUGGAGAAGGAAGUACUGCGGCCACAGUGGGCCGUUGCAUAUCAGAGAUUUCAAUUAUACCGACAUAGAAAUGCACAAAAUGUUCACGAGCGCCUCUCGCGAAAUGAAUAUACCCACUCUAAAAACCGUUAACGGCGACGAAUAUAUCGGUUACGGCAAACUUCUAGGAACUUUGAAUGAGGGUCGUAGGAUAAGCACAGCAAAUGCCUACCUAUCGCCGAUCAAAGACAGAAGAAAUCUCUACGUGAUGAAAUCUACCCGAGCCGACGCAGUUCUUCUGAAUGGUACUCGGGCGAUCGGAGUACGCGCGACUCUGAAAGACGGCAGGUCGAUCGACGUGAAAGUAUCGAAGGAGGUGAUUCUCUCUGCCGGCAGUAUCGCCAGUCCACAACUACUAAUGCUCUCCGGUAUCGGGCCUAAGCAGCAUCUGCUCGAAAUGGGAGUGCCGAGUGUCGUCGAUUUACCGGUCGGCCAAAAUCUUCAGGACCAUAUAAGUUGGCCUGGCUUAUACUUGGCUUACAAGAACGAGACGGCAACACCCCCGCCGCCGCCCACAUUUAUCCUGGACGAGGCGUAUCAAUAUCUGAUGCAUAAACGAGGUAGUUUGGCAACUUUUCCCUUCGACCUCGUGGGUUUCAUCAAUGUGAACGACUUGAAUUCCAAGUAUCCUGACAUCGAAUUCCUUCAUAUGCACUUUUUCCGGAGGAAUUUGUAUAUGGUACACACGAUAUCGGAACUGUUCUUUAUAGAUGACGAGACAACGCGUGAUGUAAUAAAAGUGCUCAAUGAAGCCGACAUAAUACAAAUUAUGUCGAUACUAUUGAAACCAAAGAGCUCGGGUAAGUUGCAACUGCGUAGCAAGGAUCCCGCGGUUCCCCCAAAAAUCUACGCAAAUUACUUCUCCGAGGAGAAAGAUAUUGAAACAAUGCUGAAAAGCUUGGAAUUCAUCAAAAGUCUGCUGAAAACAGAAGCCUUCGAACGACAAGGAGUAUGGCUGCAUCAUAUCGACAUACCGGGCUGCCGACACACCGAAGCCGAUUCUGACGAAUAUUGGAGAUGCAACUUGCGACAUAUGUCCUUCACGCUUUUUCAUCCCGUUGGUACGACCAAGAUGGGUCUUCGGAACGACCCUACAGCCGUGGUGGACGUUCGAUUAAGAGUUCACGAUGUACAAAAACUCAGAGUCAUCGAUGCGUCCGUUAUGCCAACGAUCAUUAGCGGACACACAAACGCGCCUACGAUAAUGAUAGCGGAGAAAGGCGCGGAUUUAAUCAAGGAGGAUUGGACGAAUGUGAAUAGUAAGGUUGAGCUGUAGGGGGGAUUAUAGCUAUGUUAUUAUCGUAUGUGUUUAUCGUAAAUUUGAAGUCUAACAUUUUUUUACCUUCUCGUGUUAUAAAUGACGAAUUAAUAAGCGUGUCGAGUAACUAAAUCUUAGGGAAUCAAGGGAAUCUGGUAUGUAAUAGAAUUUAAUACAUUAUUUUUUAUCAUGCAUCUGAAUUAAAACUUUUGUUUCAUUAUGCUAAUAGCAUAUAAUACACUGUUUUUUAUCAUGCAUUUGAAUUAAAAUUUCUGUCUCAUUAUGCUAAUGCAUUAUGCAAUAUUUUAACAGAAAUGAUAUAUUCCUUCCCGCACAUGAGUUUGUGAUAAAUAAUAAUAUCAAUAUAUUUACUAAUAUAUAUUAAUUGAUGUUUUACCAACUUUUUAUUCAAGCGCCAUGUAUAAUAAUUAGGCAAAUAUAAAAACAUCUCCAUUUUUUUUGGCUAUCAUUCUUACCGCUAAUAAAUAUCAAAUACAGUUUGUAAACUAUUAUGUAAUGUUCUAUGACA